AUGGUGUACCGCUGGGAGCAGCAUCGGCUGACAUGCUAUCGUUUAUACGUCGAAGAAAAAAGGUCAAUUGAAGAUGUGGUGGAAUACAUUCGUCGCGCCUUCCAAGGAGCAUUUUCCCGCUGGGGAUUCCCCAGCAAGCUGAACCCCGCCUACAAGAAUGAGCAGCUUGUCGCGCGGGUGAAGGAGCUAUGGGAGCGGAACCUGUCCCAGAAGGAGAUGGUCUCCAUGCUUGCCGAUGAGGGUUACACGGUCGGCGACCGUGAGGUGUCGCGGAUUCGGUCCAAGAACGGAUGGCUGCUGAGGAGCAACGGCGGAUAUCCUGCGUCCGACGUUAGGCGGCAGCGGACCGGUAGUGCGGAAGACAGCGCUGGCGGCGCUGAAGUGGGAGAUUACGCCGGGGAUGGCAACGGCAAUGGAGUCGACGCCAGCGGUCAAUCGACGCGCAGGUGCAGGAGGGAGACCCUCAACGCACUGCGCGAGGGCCCGGAGAAAUUACCGGAAGCCGCGCUUACCGAGGCCGAGAGCCAGGGAGAGGUCAUUGCCUGUGACGGUGACAAAGAGGGAUCAGGAACCGAGGCCACUGCUCGUGACAUUGGCCCGAGGCCCAAGGAGAAGUUUACGUCCAAGCUUGAGGAAGGACUAGACUUUUUUGACGGGCUUAAGAAGCGAUGGAUUGCCGAGUCGCCUGAGCUGAGCAGAAUCGUUGCGGUUGGAGCUACCGAUCCCGAGUAUCAGCGCAAGUUAAAGGCCAUUAACGUGCUUUGUAAAGACGCAACUAGUCGGUACCGAGAUGAUGUGUUCCGCUUAGGAAAGACUCCGGCGAUUUUACUACUGCCCCCGGAAACUCCGCCCCCAAAGUCCAAGGGGAAACAGCCGACCCCCGCAAGCAAGGAGGCAACCCAGGAAAUGACACCAGCACAAACAUCCAGUACGCCUGGGCACGACUCCGCCAUGGCGGAAGAGCCUGCAGAAACAGUCCAACCGCGACGGCGCGGCCGACCCCCGGGCGUCAAGAACAAGAAGAAGCCUUUCCCCCAUGUCCAAUCUCGCCUGGCCCUGGCCGACGCGGGAGGCCAGACGGACCAGCAAAUGGUGGAUGCGCAGCUGGGGGCCAACAUAUCGGUUGAGCCGCAGAGCCAGACCCCUUUCGUAGAGGAUUCGUACGUGCAAGUAUAUGACGUCGCUCAGCAGGCACAAAUCUACCAACCGCAACAGCCGCCGCCGCCGCCACAACAACAGCAGCAACAACAACAGCAGCAACAACAGCAGCAACAACAGCAGCAACAACAGCAGCAACAACAACAGGAGCAGCAGCAGCAGCAGCAGCAUCAACUACAGGGGCCGCAACAACUGGUACCGGAGCCAACAUCAUCUAGCGGCGUCGCUGCCUUCUUCCGGCUGACCGGUGCCGCCAUGAUGAUGUUCCCCGGCGUACAGGGACAGUGGAUAGCACCACUAACCGAGCGAACCAUGGACGAGCUGCGGGCGGCCGCGGUGCAAAAGACACCCGGCGGCAUCUGCUACAAAAUCGAGGGCAUCGUCAAGGACGGCAAGGGUGGCGAGUUACCGCUGCUGGUGAGCGACGGGGGCGAGCUGGAGACGUAUCUCCAGCACGUCCAGGGCACUGGUGGACCGCCAACGUUCCAUAUUCAUGUCGUGCCUGGGGAUGAUAACCCAUGGAAGUAA